AUGGAGUCGCUACGCGACGAGGAAGGCUUCGAUGAGAAAAUGCGGAGCGUCACGCCAACAGACACGGAAGAAGUCAGUGAAAGUCUCUUAGUCGAAGAGGAUGCUGACUGGGCACAUCGAGACGAUAAGCCUCGCCAAAGAUACGGACUGUGGUGGACAAUCGCCCUCCUCCUGACGAUCGUGUUGUCAGGCCUGCCGGGCAUGUUCGUCGGAUACAGAUCGCGCGAUCUCGAUGAAGUCUCCCCCGUUCUCUCCCACGUCCCGGUAAAAUACCACACGCAGCGAUUCAACGGGUCUCUCCUGAAGGAGAACGUGUUCCGGCGAGAGGCUGGACCAGAGGUCGAUGCGGCGUGGGAGGCGCUUGGUGUGAACUAUCGACCAAUUCGCGUCCCCGCACACGAAGCGGCACGCUCCGGAAUUGCCCACGACCAAGUUCAGAUAAGAGAGGCCUACGGCGGUGGAUAUCCUGCCAAUGUUGAAGGACUGCAUCAUCUCCACUGCCUGAACCUCCUCCGCCAGUCGCUAUACUACAACUACGAGUACUACCAUACCCAGGGUAAAGGCGCUUUCAGGAAUGACGAUUUCAUCGUGAAGAAGCAUGUUUCCCACUGCCUUGACAUCAUCCGCCAACAACUAAUGUGCACGAUCGACACAGGCGUCCUCGGCCAGGUAUGGCUGUACCCCGACCACCCGUCUCCAUUCGUCGACUUCAACACGGAGCACCGGUGUAAGAAUUUCGAGGAUGUCAGAAUCUGGGCGGAGAGGAAUCAGUUGCCCGAGAAGACGCCGGGGGAUUUUUUGCGGCCGCCGCGGGUGGGGGAUCGGGUUUUUGAUGCUGUGCCGUAG